CUUAAUUUCACAAUGAAUCUCAUUAAUAAUCUAUUUUUGGCUGGCUGGAUCAUAGAUCUGUCUGGAUCAAGCAGACAUACUUAGGUAUAAUUUAUAGUAAUCAAGAGAACAAGUAGCUGUGUCAAGAAUAAGUGAUACUUUGUGUGUGGAUCGUGAUGGUUACCAGAGGAUACUUGUUACGUGUGGCACUACUCACGGUCAUACUGAUGGCCACAUCCAAAACUGUGUGUGGUGAAUUUAUUCUAACUGUCAACUUGGUCAAUUACACCAACCCAACCGGACUAUGUGCUGAAUGUCAGAAUCCUCUGAAUACAAGCCAUUCUACAGAGACAAUACCAGUGUGUUGUGAUGAACUACCAUACAUUUCAGUAAACUGUGACAAUACAGGAGAGGAGAGAUGUGACACCAGGUUCCGUUGGACCAUCAGACCAUUCGAUGCAUCACUAGAGACAAGACCUCUAAAUGAUCCUGUCAACCCUCCCUACUUCUUUACAGACUGUACAGUGUCCCCCAGCACUUGCCCAUUCAGUGAAAUGAGCACAACAUUCAAUCAAAGUCUAACAGCACUACUGGGAGUAACAGAAAAUCCUUUACCUGUUUCAAAAACAGAUUUGACUGCAUGGACAGGACGAAUUCAGUUUUUCAUAGAAGCAUUGGACAGUGGACUUCCGAACAUAAUAGACAGUCUGUUGAUUGACCUGGACAACCUCCAACUUGGAGCAGACUUUACAGAGGAGAUGAUGUUCACUGGAGUCCACAACAUAUCUCACAUGACCAUGAGUUUCAGAGUCGAGUGCUCUCCUGGUUUCUGUGGACCUGACUGUAUGACCACACCUCAGAACAAUCCACGAGUAGCGACAUGUCAAGCUGAUGGCACUCUAACAUGUACUGAUAACCGAUUAGACCCUUCAUCUUGUAACGAAUGCCUCUAUAACCUGGAUAUUACAACUGGCUGCUCCACUUGCGUACAGACCACCUAUGAUCCCUCUACCAACUGCAACCAGUGUCUACCAGGCUGGGACAUCACCUCGUACUGUAUUAGUUGCCUACCCAACAGAGACCCAAUCACCAACUGCUCCCUCUGCCUACAACCAGACAGGUUCACUGAUGCAGACUGCAGUACAAGUGUGUGUGCUCUACCAGAAGGGGACCCAGCAACACUCUGUCAAACAUGCUUGGCCACUAACUUUGACCCUAACACAAAUUGCUCUGAAUGCAUAGGCAAUCUUGAUCUCAGCUCCAGCUGCUCCACUUGUUUGCCUGGAUAUGAUAGUAGCCUUAACUGUUCACUGUGUCUAUCUGGACGAAACAUAUCCACAAGAUGUACCACCUGUCUGGCUGGAUUCACUGGAAGUAACUGUGAACCUGUUUCUGCCGUGAAUGGUGGUCUUGUGGGUGGUAUAGCGGGUGGAGCUCUCUUCCUGUUGAUAAUUGUCUUGGUGAUCAUUGUGUGUGUACUCGUGUAUAAAAAUCAAAGGAGAGGUCAUAUCAAAUUUGUUUCAGAUGAAGGAGCAGCUCAUAAUGCUUACGAUAUUACUGGAACUGGAAGUGGAUCGUCAGCAGAACAUAAGUUUCAGAAUCCAAUAUAUGGCCCUGGAUUGGAAAUGGACUUAAAGACUGGAACAGGGUCAUCAGAUGAUCACGCAUUUACUAAUUCGCUAUACGAGACCUCGAAUGUGCACACAGAAGAUGAUUACUCUCACCCUAGUGUCAGCCCACCCUCACAUACGGUAAAAACAGGCACCCAGGAUCUCACAUCUACUCUCGAUGGACCAAUGUAUGAUACAGCUAGCUGUCUUGAUAACAACCUGCCAAGAGAAGGCACACCUGUUUACGACACAGCUGAUCAUACUCAUCAACCACCUCUUACCAACCCACAGAAUAAAGACUAUUCUAAAUUGCAUCAACCUCCAAUAACAAGUGUAACCCCUCAACCAACUUCUCUGGCUGACUAUGACACGGCCACAUUUAUCGAGCAGCCGGUCUAUGACGAAGCCUUCCCCCCUUCGGAGGAGUCACUUUCUAAGAAGGGGACCAGGCAUCCAUCAAAGUCUGCUGGAGCUUAUGAAGAGAUUGAAGAUGAUGAUAUUCGUGGGAGAGACGAGUACGAUACAACUUACCCCCCUCCUCCAGUUAUACCUAGUGUUAAUGCAUACUCGAAACUGGGUAAGCAUGAAGCUGAGCUCCCUGCAUACGAUGUAGCAAAUAAUCAUCACUCGAAACAGGUACAGCCUAAAGCUCUACCUCCUAAUGGAAGUUUGUACGAUACUGCUGAUCAUCCCCAAGAGCAAACAGCUCGACCUGAACACGAUUAUACAGAAACUAGCAACUUUCUUCCUACUUCGAUAAAAGAGGAAACGUCUCAACACACUUAUGAUUAUGCAGACGCUAGCGAAUUCCUUUCUGGUUCCUCCUCUGUCAAACAUUCGUAUGACUACGUCGACAAUCCUAUAGAUGGUACAAAUGCAUUGCCCCCUGCAUUGGCCCCCCUGGCUAGCUCUGUGUACAUGAACACAACGCCUGACAAGAUAACACUUGAGGCCGAAUCUCAUUAUGACCUAGGGCAGUGAGUGGACAUGUUUGUUUGUAUUAUAUAGUUUUGUACCUUCACUUCUAGUUCACUUGCAUGAAUUGUUAAGCUGUAUAAUCAUAAUAGCUCAUCCCCUCCCGUUCUUUUGUACACCCUUUACACGGUACGUUGUACCAUAUGUAUUGUACAGUUGUUGACUGGCCAUAAUUGUCACAAAGAUUUUCUAUUGAAGGGACACACACAUCGUUACAAUAGAAUGUUGUUAAUGAGGAUGCAUUUGCACUCUUACUUUGCAAUUGCUUAUUAUACGAUGGAAAUUAUCAAUUACUCAUUGUUGGUGAAUGGUGACCUCCUGAUUUAAACUUUGAUGCAUAUAAUUAUAGCCUCGAUUCCAGGCCGAUUAAAAUACGUAUUUUAAUCGGCCUGGAAUCGAGGCUAAUGCAUAUAAUA